AGGAAUAAUGCAAAACGCUUUCGUUUUGUAGUUUCGUUUUAAAUGGCUCGCAUUUCAGAAUCAGAUGGAAAUGAUCGAUUUGUAAAAAGCCCACAAUGUACUGCUUGUCGAAAUCCCGCGUCAAACGACCCGAGAACCCUUCCUUGUUUCCACUCAAUCUGUAAUAAUUGUUUGCAAGACGUCGUGACAACAUGUCGUGACACUGAAGCACCUCGCGGUCGACCAGUUCGAGAUUUCCUAUGUCCAUGUUGUUUAAACGAGACGCUUAAACCCAAACCUGACAAACAGGAUCGUGGCGUUCCGUGUUCACAUAAUUGUAGUCAAAGCUACUCAGUCGCUCGCUGUGUCACUUGUGAGAAAUUCUUAUGCCAAGAAUGUCUGACAGACCACAACAAAUAUCGAGGAAAUACGGGUCAUUCUGUUUUGAUGAUGAAAGAGUUGCCAAAACAGACGGACGAAAUGUAUUGCAAUGAGCAUCCGGGCGAGAUAUUAAAAGUUUACUGUAAAACCUGCGACCAACUCAUCUGUUGGGAUUGUAUGCGUUUCAUACACGUGAAGCAAAAUCAUACAUGUUUUCUUGUCGAAAAUGCAACGAGCAAAUAUAAAGAAAUACUUGCUCUAAAAAGUAGAGCAAUGGAGAAGGUGGUAAGUGAAGGCAAUACCUUUGUCAAAAGGUUAACAAGAACGACGGAAAGACUUGAUCAAGAUGCUAAAGAUGCCAAGAGUAAAAUUCUACAAAGAAACGCAUUUAUGGCGAAGAAAGUGGUUGAUGUUUUAAAUCAAAGAACCGAAAGGCUUUUGAAUGAAGUCGAUGAAAUUCAUAAAGGUGCUCGAGCAAAAUUGGACAGACAAACUAAAGCGACAAGGCAGUAUGUGCAAGACGUACAAAGUUCUGUUGAUCGUUCAAAGGAGCUGGUCAAGCAAGGCACUGAAGAAGAAAUAAUUUCCUCCCAGAAACUGAUGCUGGAUACGGCUGAUAAUCUCCUGAAGAAACGCCAUGAGCAUCUCAGAGCAUGUAUACCACUUGCGAAGCUGUGCUACACAUCCUACAGUGAAGAGGAACCAUUGAACGUGAAUAUUUUGAAUGGACUGGAAGGGAGUUUGGGAGUGGUUGAUAUAAAGAGCGAAGACAAAGUUCUUUUAGAUUCAUCAGAAAGUCCGAGUGUCCAGUCGGUUCAGUAUUCCCAGGCAACUGCAUUUUCCAUAUCUUCAUAUCAAAGUCCGAGUGGAGUUCCAGGUAUAAAAUUUGUCGAAGUAGAUGGAAAUCACGAUGAUAAACAAUGCACAAUUUGUCUCAGCGACUAUACAAAUAAGAAAACGUUAUCGAAAUGUGGCCAUUCAUUUUGUGCCUCCUGUAUUGACCAAGCAUUCAAAUAUCAAAAGAGAUGCCCAAUAUGUGGCGAGGUCUAUGGUCCUCUCGAAGGGAACCAGCCUCCGGGAGAGAUGAUAGAAAAGUUUGAGUCAACGUGUCUUCCUGGUUUUCCAAUGUGUGGUACCAUUGUUAUAACCUACAGGUUUCCAUCUGGUAUCCAGAGUCCCGGACAUCCUAGGCCUGGCAGGCCUUAUACCGGAACGAACAUAACUGCUUAUUUACCUGAAAAUUACAAAGGGAGAGAAAUUUUCGGACUUUUAAAGAAAGCAUUUUGCCAAAAGCUAACGUUUACAAUUGGAAAUGAUGAUUGUGUUGUAUUCAAUAGUAUUCAUCACAAAACCAAAAGAGAUGGAGGACCAGACAACAAUGGUUACCCAGAUCAAGACUACCUGAGGAGAGUUCAAUAUGAUCUGGCUGUAACAGGGGUUAACUGAAGAAUAAAGCAUUGGAGUAAAUGGAGUUUCAUCAGAAUGGCAUUUGAUCUUCCUUGUACAAGUAUAAUGAUAUGACUACCUGUCGUGUUCAUGACUUCAUGUUGUGGACGAACAGUAGCCUUAAUUGAACAGCAAAGUUCAAACACGACAAAAGAUUGUUAUAGAUAAUAAUUCUUGUCUUAAUUACAGUGUAUAUUGUAAUAUAUGUCUUCAAUUUUGAAAAAUACUGAGUUUUUGUCAA